GAGGCUCGGGCUCGCGCGCUCAUUCACAGCAUCGCCGGGCUGUACGGAGUCGCUGGAGUGAAAGAGACUGCAGAGAGACUGUGGACCGCGCGCGCGCAUCUCACGCACACUCGCACACAGGCGCGCGCAUUACACACACACGGAGGCACACACGCGCACAGCCAUGAAGCACGAGGGUAUUGAGCGCUUUGAGAGCGCGGGGAAAGGCAGGGGUCUGCGGGCCACGAGACCCUACAGGAUCGGGGAGCUGCUCUUCUCGUGCCCCUCUUUCUCGCACGUGCUGUCGGUCAGCGAGAGGGGCUACCUCUGCGAGCACUGCUUCACCAGGAAAGAGGGCCUUGCUAAAUGUGGAAAAUGCAAGAAAGCUUUCUACUGCAAUGUUGAAUGUCAGAAAGCAGACUGGGUCAUGCACAAGCUGGAAUGCUCAGCGAUGUGUGCGUUUGGAGAGAAUUGGUGCCCAUCAGAGACAGUCAGGCUGGUUGCUCGCAUCAUCGCCACACAGAAAGUUCAGAAAGAGAGGAGUGCAUCAGAGAAACUACUGCUGCUGAAGGAGUUGGAGGCCAACCUAGAUAAGUUGGAUAAUGAGAAGCGGGAUAUGAAUGAAGCAGAUAUAGCCGGCCUGCAUCACUUCUACUCCAAACACCUGCAGUUCCCUGAUCAUCAAGACCUGCUGACUCUUUUUGCUCAGGUUAACUGCAAUGGCUUUACAGUGGAGGAUGAAGAACUAUCACACCUGGGUUCAGCUGUGUUUCCAGAUGUUGCUCUGAUGAAUCAUAGCUGCUGUCCCAAUGCCAUUGUCACAUACAGAGGCACGUUAGCGGAGGUGCGGGCUGUGCAGGACGUCAGUGCAGGAGAUGAGAUACUCACCAGCUAUAUAGACCUGCUGUACCCAACGGAAGACAGGAUUGAGAGACUCAGAGACUCCUACUAUUUCAGCUGUGACUGCAGAGAGUGCAAAACCAAAUCCAAGGACAAGGCUAAGAUGAAGCUGAGAAAGCUGAAUGAAGGACCCCGCACAGAGGAGAUCAGGGAAAUGGUUCGCUAUGCUCGAAUCAUCAUUGAUGACUUCCGCAGAGCCAAACAUGAAAAAACCCCUGCAGAGCUGCUGGAGAUGUGUGAGCUGAGCAUGGAUAAAAUGGGCGCAGUGUUUGACGACACCAAUGUGUACAUGCUGCAUAUGAUGUACCAGGCUAUGGGGGUGUGUUUGUUCACGGAGGAUUAUGACAGCGCCUUGAGCUAUGGAGAGAAAGUCAUAAAGCCAUUCAGUCAGCUGUAUCCAGCCUAUUCCCUGAACGUUGCCUCAAUGUACCUGAAGCUCGGUAGGCUCUACGGGGCUCUGGGUCGACCAUCUGCAGGGUCAAAUGCCCUUAAAAAGGCUUUGGACAUUAUGGAGGUUGUUCAUGGAAAGGAACACACUUAUGUACAGGAACUGCAAAAAGAGAUAACUCGUCAGAAAUGAGCACAAAAACACACACACACACACACACACACACACACACACACACACACACACACACACACACACACACACACACACACACACACACACACACAUUCACGUCUUCCACAGACUAUUCAGUAUAUUAUAGGUACCACUUAACAUCAGGACUUCUAAAGGGUCUAUAAGUGGAUAAAAACAGGUAUAUUAACAAGAUACUCUAAAACACCCUAAAAACAUCUACAACUAGUUACAGCACAGAAGGAUAAAAUACAAGAUACACUAAUUUAUGCUGUUAAUUUUCAGAUCAUGCUGGUUUUAACCUUACCUGAUCCUUCAUCACCUCAGUGCUCUCAUGCUCAACUUCAGCAAUUACUAACUGUUACUAAAUGACUUCUAUCUAUUCACAAAUAGGAUUUCUCACAAUAUCAAUAUCAAUACUAACCCAAUCAUUUAAUUCACAUUAUGUUCUGAGCAAUAUUGUUUGAUUUGACACUGUUUAUGUUCAUAAUUCAGUAAAAAUGUUGAUGUCAUUUAACAUUUUCUUAAUUUUUGCAGUCAUUAACAUUAACAUAUUCUUAAUAAUUUAUUAUCAAAGCCCAGACACAUAAAGCCCAAACCAGUCCAGUUUGCAUAUAAAUACGUACAAACAUUUGCAUUCUAAGGUCUUGGAAAUAUGUUUUGUCUCAAAAUGAUCAGCCUUGAUAAUAACAUGGUUUGUUACUCAUACAUAUGCAGUGUUAAAGUGCAUAUAAAUAGAGUAUUGUAAGUUUUUUUUUUUGUACAAAUAGUAGAGCAAACAUAAUUUUUCAGGCCUCAUUUCUGCAUUUGUAAAAAAGAAAAAAAAACACAAGCUCUGAUUUUAUUUGCUGGGUUUCAGGACUAGUAAAGGUUCACAGAUGUUUUAAGUUUGGGUUUUAUGAAGCAGCUGAUGAAUAGAAGAGAUAAAAGCUUUUCGUUUAGAGCAGAUCUCUGUGUGCCUCCCUGCUUUUACAGACCAGUUCUGGUUAUGAUAGAAAUUCUAUAGGAAGAAGAAACAGCACUGUUUAAGAGCAAUGGUCAAUCAGAUCCCUGUACUAAACUCUCAUUAUUCAACUAUACCAAGAAAAAGUACAAUUUAACAUUGACGUUUUAACCAUUGAGACGUAGAGGUAGAACAGGGACUGAUGGAGGACAAAGUAAGAUAAACAAUAACCAGCAAGAUCUGAACAUUAAAAAUGUAAAUGAGCAUCAGCGGGUCUCUGUGUCCCUUUUUAUUUGUGAUAUUAAUGGUUUGCCUGUUUAACAACCAUUGAUUUAAUAAACUAAACACAACUAUUUAAAGUGCUUUAUAAUGGUAGUCUUAUUGUUAAGUGGUACCAUAAUGUAUUUUGCUGUAUUCUAAAAACUGAAUCUAUAAAGUUGAAUAUAAUCAGUUAAAAUACUUUUAUACUGAUCAAAAUAUUUACUCUCCAGUCCAGUGUUCAUCUGAAGCUUCCUCCAUUUGUACAGUGGAGUGUAGUGUGUUAUAUGUGGUGUGUAAGAGGGAGUGAGGUGUGUCAGUUUAACAAUCAUUUAUUGGUGAACAAUACAGAGUUUCUAUACGACUCAUAUCACGUCUUCUAUGAUCAUUCAUGAGCACACAAUAAAAUAUUUAAUUGAUAAUCUGGAAUUAAAACAGAUUUUUGGUGUUACAGUUUUUUUUAUAAUUUAAUUAUAAAAAUGAUUUGUACUUUUAUUUAUUUUUCUUCAUUUGUAUUUUAAGGGAUUUUUGAGGUAUGUGUCUGUUCAUGGCCAUACUCCAAAAAGUAUAUGUGAAACACAAACAGAAAAACUGAAGUUUAACACAAAACACAAAUUCAUAUCUCUGUUAUGUUCUGUCUUCAUUUAGUGAAUCUGGAGACGUCUCUUAUCUAAACUACUGAUUAGGUAACUGUCUCAAAUUCUAUACUUUGUCUAAAAACAUGGACAAAUGCUGUAAUUUCAUACAAAUAAAAGAACAUGCAGAAAAUA